AUGGUUAGAGCUGAUGCUGCCGUGUGUAUCAAGGUCCUCCUGAAUGCGACAGAGGCAUAUUUCGGUUUCAAACCAACUUAUAGGAGGGUUUGGAUGGCGAAGAAGAAAGCAGUGGCACAGAUCUAUGGAGACUGGGAUGAGUCAUACAUUGAGCUGCCACGAUGGGUUCUAGGUGUACAUGUGACGAUGCCUGGAAGUGUUGCAGUUCUGAGGACGAGUCCUGUAUGUGUGGGAGGGCAAGUGGAUGAUGCACAUGCGUACUUCCACCGUCUUUUUUGGACAUUCCCACCAUGUGUUGAGGCUUUGCGGCAUUGCAAGCUGUUGGUUAGCAUCGAUGGUACCCACUUGUACGGAAAAUAUGGGGGGACAUUGUUCGUUGCAAUUGCUCAGGACGGGAAUUCCAACAUCCUACCCGUUGCAUUCGUACUGGUGGAGGGUGAGAAUGUUGAGUCAUGGUUGUUUUCCCUCUCCCACCUCCGCCAGCACGUCACUCCGCAGCUAGGCAUCUUAGUGAUAUCAAAUCGGCACAAUGGAAUAAGGGCUGAAUUGGAGGGCAAGGAUGCACGGAGGCUUCUGGUGAACGCAGCGUAUGCCAAGACUGAGGUGGAGUUAGAUUAUUGGUUUGAUAUCCUCCGUUCUGAAGAUCCGGCCAUGUGUGAUUGGGCUAACAGGAUUGACUAUACACUAUGGACACAGCAACGGGAUGAGGGAAGGAGAUUCGGGCAUAUGACGACAAAUAUCUCUGAGUGUGUGAACUCGAUUCUUAAGGGGGUAAGGAACCUUCUAGUGUGUUCUCUGGUGAAGUCCAUGUACGGACGGGAGAACUCCGAGUUCACAGUGGCGAAGACCACCCCUACUGGAUCAUUUUCAUUUGGUAGUUAUAGGGUGUCACUACAGGCGCAGACGUGUGAUUGCGGUUAUUUCCAGGCACUUCAUUAUCCAUGUCCUCAUGCCUUGGCCUGUUGUGCGUAUUCACGUCUGACCUGGCACCCCUAUGUACAUGAGGUAUAUAGCUUGAGAUCGGUGUUCAGCGUGUAUCGGAUGGGAUUUACCCCACCGAUACAGGAGGGUUUUUGGCCACCUUACGAUGGACCGACAGUCAUCCCGGACCCCUCCAAGAGGCGGGCUACUGAAGGACGCACCCGAAGCACUAGGAUCCGGACUACCAUGGAUGAGGCUGACCCAAACAGACAGAAGAGAUGCGGGUUGUUCUGA